AUAAUUAUAGACAACACGUACAUUCAUAUACAACCUGAUCUGGUUACAAUAAAAAAAAAAUAAACUGUGAUGCAGAACUAGUCUGCCAGCUAAAGUGUGCGAACGCUGUGGAUUUUGCAUUCGAUUUGACGCUUGGAAAGGAAACAGACAAAGAAAAUUUUAGAGAGUACAGCAUGAUAUCACCAGCGCAAGUGUUGUUAUUGUCGAUCCUGCUCAUUGCGUUGCUCUGGACCGGAUCUUCAGGCGUAUUUAUACCAAAUCUAACAGAUGGUUGCUAUAGAUGUUUGUGUUACAUUUCGACUCUUUGCGACGUAUCCAACGAUUGUUCCGGAGGCUACUGCGGUCCUUACAACAUCUCGAGAGUGUACUGGGUAGACGCCGGCAACGUCACCUUACCUGAUGACGAGCCUGAGAGAAAUAAUGCUUGGAAGGACUGUGCUCGGAACUAUCAGUGCGCGAGAAAAAUUAUAGAGGGCUAUCUACAAAGGUUUGGGAAGGACUGCAACGGUGACGGUGUGACAGAUUGCUAUGACUACAUGAUGAUUAAUGGCAACGGAGGUUACGGAUGUACUUCGCCUCUCAACAGAUCAGAGAAUGGAAGGAGAUGGCUCAGGAGAUACGAGGAAUGUCGGAGUUCUCAUCUAGUAAAUUAAAACUAUGAAACAAA